UGGCAGUGCAUUCCGCCUUCGGCCUCAGGCAUCCAUGCUCCCUGACCUGCUUGUUUGUGUGUGGGACCUGAAAUUCCAGUAGUCCAGCGUGCCCACUACGAGAACGGCUCCGCUGGCCAACUUCUCUCACGCAUCGACGAAAUCCAGAUACAACGAAAUAAUACGCAGUCAACGACCAAAAAGCACCUCGAUUGACCCCGUAUUAUCCUCUCGACUCUAUUUCGCUAUGGCCACUACCGGUUCCCAGAUGCUCUAAAUGAGCCAGACGCACUACAUGCCUGCGUUUAUCACCACAGCCUCUAAGAUUUUUUCACCACACUUGACUUCACCAGACCCGCGUUAGGGUCUACCACGAUUACAACCACCACCUGAACAUGGACGACCCGGCGAGGGCAUGGCCCGCCUGGAAGUUUGACAUGAAGGGGGAUGAUCUCACAACCACCCUUCACCAGAAAUAUAACACCCUCACCCUCACCUUACAAGAUCCCGAAGCCUUUCACCACGAUGUUUACGAGUUGUCCCAGCAGGCCACCACUGCCACGGAGUUCCAUAAGCUCAUGGCCGACCGACAGCAGCAGCGAAUUACAGAACUGACACAGUCCAUGGAAUCGCUUGCCGUCGAGAUUAUCGCCAACCCCGCGCUUAUGGGCACCGAGCAGUGGAAGCAUGCUGUCCAACUCUUCCGCACCAAAUCAUAUGACUCUAUUGUUCGCUACUUCGCGAGCUACCUCCCCGAAGAUUAUCUGGAUAGCCAGCACGGCUCCAGCACCCCAUCUACCGCCUCUAACACUACUUCUUUUACCGAUGUUUCAUCCGUCGAGUCCAGCGAACCCUGUAUUAUUACCAAGGCUGAUGCAGCCACCGAUAUCCCCGCGUACUUGGACGACGAUGACUUCUUCCCCCACGGCCCCGUCAUGGCUGUCAAGCACGAUGCUCCUGCUGAUGAGCACGCUCCUUUAUCUCCUCCUCAUUCCGAAGGCUCGCCGUCUGAGAUUUCCGACAGCGCCAGCUACUCGACUGGACCGCCAUCACGAUCCAUGUCCUUUUCAGGCUCCGAGUCUGGUCAUCUCCCCUCCGGCUUCAUGCUGCGAGACUUGUCCAAGGACAGUGAUGAUACCAUCUCUCAGUCUGACGAUGGCGAGACUAUCGCCACGUCUCUGUGUGACUCUGUCGAGAGCGUUUCGUCUUUCGACUCUGUCGACAACUUGACGGAGCACUCCUAUACUUAUUCGGAUGAUCUCGAUGACGAUCUUCCUUCCACCCAAUAUCCCGAAGACUACUUUGACAUGGUCGAAGAGUAUGAAAGCAAAGAUACCCCUGAUUCUGAUACACCUACCCCCCGAGCCGUGGAGGAGAAUUUCUCCUACAUGGACUGCAAGUCAGCUAGCGCGCAAAGCGUAGCUGCAUCUAUAAGGCGAACAACAUCGCUGAAAUCAUAUGUACGAAGUCGCGCUGACGGCCUCGACGGCGCCAAGCUGCGUCGCGGGCCUGACCUAGCAUCCAAUAAGAUUCACAAGUUCCCUGCCGACCUUCUCAGAAGAAGGUCGAUGGCUGGGCGAAGAAGAGUGGACUAGCACAGGAAGACAAGCGGACUGUAUAUAUGUGGACUAUACUGUACAUAUUCUACCUACCUUAUGACUAAUGAACACCAUUACCAUCAC